CUCUUCUUCCCUUGUAAGCUCUGGCAGCUUCCCCGCCUAUUUAACAUAACCUCUUCCCUCCUUCUUCUUCCACCAAGGCAUAUAAUUAGUACCGUAUAGUACGUCCUAUCUUGUUGUACUAUUCUAGUACUUAUAUUUGUUGUACUAUUAUAGUACUAUUAUAGUACCUCUACGGUACUCUAUUGUGCUGACGCCAUGACAACCGUCUCCGAUCUGGAUCUGGAUAUUUCUCCAGUCCCUCGCUCGCGAGAGGAAAACCAGGAGAGAGCAUUUAUUGCUGCCUCACGACGGAAAGAUCGCAGUCUGGAUGCAAGGCUUGAAUCUGCAAACCGGGCGUCGAUGCUGCACAAGAAACGCACCGGUAAGGCCCUCCACAUCACCAAGGAGAUCGUCGAGAAGGAGGCCAUGUACGAAGAGGUCGACGAACGGUACCAGGAGAAACGCAUCCGCAUGCUGCAGGCCCAGAAUCUGCAGAUUGAAGAGGAGUUCCAGCGCCAUCUCCUCGCAGCCUUUGCCGCGCGUGCCAACGGCUCCUCCUCAGCGCUCGCCUCUCGCCGGGCGGCCAGUAUAGGCGGCCCGAGAAAAAUGAGCCUUGACUUGUCGGGCUUGAACGCUGCUUGCUCCUCUCAGAACUGUCCGCCGUCUCUGACCAGCCCGAUGGUUCACGAUUCCGGAUACGGCCUCUCCCCCGCCGGCUCUCCCUUUGCUGCUGCUACCCCAGUGACCGCAGUCGCCUGCCACAGCCCGCACUCUGCCGCAGGCCCGAUGGGCCCUUCUGCUGCUGCCUCGCCGUAUCACCAUCCCCACGGUCUCUCCACCGUUACACCAGGGCCCUUGCCCCAAUAUAUCGCUGGCCCCCAGCAACCGCUCACUCCAUCAUGGCCCCAGCGCUCACCCGUCCAGCCUACAUUCCGUUCCUGGCAGGGGUUUGCCGCGCCCGCAGACUGCCCCCCUUCUGUCGAGAUGUGGCAGCAGCGGCUUGUGCAACAGUCGCAUCUUCCGUCGCCUGAGGCCUCCACCUUCCGGAUGCGGCCGUUCAGAGACCGGCUCGCCUCCGCCCCAGAGCUACCAGUCUAUCCUACCACCACCACCACAGCUAUGCCUACUCUAGCUUCUGCUACUGCUACUGCUACUGCUGCUGCUGCUGCCGCUGCCGCUGCCAGAAAUCCCAUGGUUCAUACCCGUGCCCCCUCGGACCCUAUCGCUGCCCCCAACUUCUCCGAGUCGAGCUCCCCACAACACCUUGACCUUGUCUCGACGGAAACCCUAUCCACGCCUGAACUGUGUCCUACCCCGAAUACCCCUCUCUCUCCAACCUCUGGGCAGAUUCAAUAUCAGCAACAACAACAACAACAACACGAUAAUACUUUCCCCGUUUCUAAUUCUACUUCUUCAUUGGACCUGGAUCUUUUCGUUGAAAAGGAAGGAGAAAACCUGAUGGUCUCGUCGCACGAUGACCUGGACCCGGAAUUCGACGAGUUUAGUCGGUUCGCAUGGGGACUGGGCCAGGGCCAGCAACUGCUUUUGGGCGACCACCACCACCACCACCACCAAUUAGGACAGCUGGGCCAGUUGAGCACCCUGCCACCCCCCGCACGGACGGAUACCUUUGGCUUUGACGACAUUGUUUUUGACGAGUUUGCGACGAGUGUGGCAUAG